CUCCGCCUCCUUCCGCUCGCCGCUCUGCAUCUCCUUUUUCCUGCAUCAAAAGUUCAGGAAAAGGGUCGAAGGAAAAAUCCGGCGAAUUUGACGACGCGCCGGGUUGAAAACGGAAGAGUGGUCGUCGGAAAGCCAAUGACCGUACUGACGGCGCCAUCAUUUUCCUGCCUGGCCUUCUCCUUGGGUCAUGCUCAGUCUAGCCGCAGGAAAUUCUCCUCUUUGUGAUUUCGAGGCUUCUGUGAGGUAACGAAUGGCUUCCGGGAAGGGCCUAGGGGAGAAGUUCCGAAGGGCGCUACGGACGUUGUACUUCAUGGCAGCAUUGCUGACCUCGCUUCUCCUCUGCUCCGCCACUGUCCUAGCGGCAGUCGCAGACGUCUUAGUUUCCUCCGCCCUGCUCCUGGUCUUCGCCGGCGGGAAUUUGAGGUCUCAGUUCGAGAGGUACGGCUUUCGCCAUUCCUUCGUCGACGUCUCCAUCAUUUCCGUGAUCAGAUCCCUCAUCGUACUAUGCGUUUACUCACUGUGUGAUGCGCCGGGACUAUCCCACGGGCCUUACGUCGGUACAGCGGUGCUCUGCUCUCUGUCGUCGAUCCUUAUCCUUUCGGUGAAAGCAUGCCUCUUCCGCCCGAUCCAGGAGGGCGAAUCAGAGGGCAUGAGCUCGCCAGAAGCGUUCGUGGUGCAAAGGAAACUCCACUUGAAGCAGUCAUGGGGCAUGCCGGCGCUUUUCAUGUCGUCUAUGGUUUUCGCUCUAGGGCAUGUCGUGGUGGCGUACCGAACUAGUUGCAGGGCCCGCCGGAAGCUUCCUUUCCACCGGAUCGACCAGGAAGCGGGUUUUGGGUUUUCUGGGCACCUGAAAGUUCCACGAUCACCGACUCCUACCACUGGAAAAAAUUCUAGGAUCGAUGUUGAAGCCAAGCGAAGAGUUGCAACUGCAACAGCAGCUACUUCUGCAGCUCGUGAAGAAGGCCAUCUAUCAGUGAAGUUGCUGGCUGAUGUUGAUAGCUUAUUCAUAACAUACCAGGGACUGACGAUUCAUUACAAGAUAUCCGAUGGAGAUUCACCAGUUUUCCCAUCUCUGGCGACCGGUGCUUUUCCAGAACAUCACCCAGAAUUCAACUCUCCUAACGUAGUGACAGGCAGACUAAAGUUGGACGGGCCAUCCCUUUCUGUUCCAUCGAAAACCUUUCAUCUAAACAGGAGUUUCAGUAAUGUGUCUGACAGGGAUUCAUUGCGUGCUCCUCUGUUGACUGCAGCUGCUUCUGGUCGUCUAUAUUCUGAUGAUAUAACUAUCUUAGGAGUGAAGCAUCACGAUAAAGAAAUGAGCUUCUGCAGUGCCAAAAAUGGCAAUCUUCAAAAGGUAGCGAAUGGAGUCUGCGGCAUUGUUUUAGUUCAUGGAUUUGGAGGAGGAGUGUUCUCAUGGAGGCAUGUCAUGGGCCCGUUGGCGAGGCAGACCAAGUGCGUGGUAUCUGCUUUUGAUCGACCUGGUUGGGGACUGACUUCUCGCCCUAGGAAGUCAGACUGGGAGGUGAAUCAGUUGCCUAAUCCAUAUCAUCUGGAGUCACAGGUGGAUUUGCUUCUUCAUUUCUGUCUUGAGAUGGGUUUCUCUUCGGUGGUGCUUGUUGGCCAUGAUGACGGAGGGCUUCUUGCAUUGAAGGCUGCUGAACGAGCAAGAACAUGCAGCAGAUUCAUGCAGGUGGUUAUAAAAGGAAUUGUUCUCCUGAAUGUCAGCCUUUCAAGAGACGUUGUUCCAAGUUUUGCAAGAAUUCUCCUUCGUACAUCAUUAGGGAAGAAGCACAUGGUUCGUCCACUACUGCGGGCUGAAAUCAACCAGGUGAUUAAUCGCCAAGCUUGGUAUGAUGCGAGAAAGAUGACGCCUGCAGUUUUGAAUCUGUACAAGGCACCGUUAUGCAUAGAGGGUUGGGAUGAAGCAUUUCAAGAAAUUGGAACGUCAUUUGCUAGUACUCUUUCCCUUCAGAACGCCUCUCUUCUUUUGGAAGCCGUUGGGAACUUGCCAGUUCUGGUUGUUGCAGGUGCUAAGGAUCGGUUGGUUCCCCUGAAAUCAUCACAAACACUUGCUUUGAAGCUCAUGAAUUCGAGGCUUGUUGCAAUAUCCGGAUGUGGACAUCUUCCUCAUGAGGAAUGCCCAAACGCAUUAUUGGCAGCUCUUUCCCCCUUUAUCAAUGGCUUGCUAUGUGACUUGACUGAAGAUUCAGUGAUACAACAAUUUCCAUGAAAGCUUCAAUUAUACACAAGGGAAGGAGCCAAAAAGGAAUAGCCAAGUGACAGCCAACCCUUCUUGCAGACCACCGUGAAGUCGUCUUCUGAAAGACAUGGGAGGUUCUCAUCCCAAGACUGGCCUUUGUUGAGAUUUCUCAACCACGGUAUGAAACAUCACAAAUUCUUUCUGCAAAGGUACAAAGCUGGUUUGACCUUUGUCGGUGUGGUUAAGCGGAUGUGGGAAUUACUCAGAGCUGCUGGUUAACAUUAUUCUUUCUGCUUUAAAUUUGAGGUUUUCGUGCUUUCUUCUUUGUCGUUUCCUUUGGGAGAGGAAAUAAUCAUUGUUUUCCUAAAGUGGAAAACCACUUUUUUGUAAAAAUAAUAGUUAAAUCCACGUGAGAGUGCUAAAUGUCAAGGAACUACUUGAGUAAUUUUUGUAACCUACAUGCAUGAGCCUAAGCUUGCUUUGCUUCUUUUUCA